UGGUAGAAACAAAAAAAAAGGAUACGUAGAAGAAACGCGAGUUGGCGGCUUCCUAGUUGGUAAGAUGAGGAAAAAGAGCGAUUCUCUCUCUCUCCUAACACAACCUGGAUUAUGAAUAUAUGAUCAUUCUUCAUUACAUUGAAAUUGUGAAAUCUCCACCUCAAAUUAAUCGUCAAUUUUCAUUGGAAUGACAAAAUUGAGUUCAAAUUCAGAGGAGAGAGAAAGUGAAGAAGUAACAUUGGUUGAAAUUCAUCAAGGAAUUCCAUUAAUACCUAUAGAUCUAUUCGUCAAAAAGAAUAGAAAAAGUGUCCGCUUUUUCGACGCUUUUGACAAUCUUCUCUAUAAAGUAUCCGACGCCGCAAUCUCUCCUCUUUCAUCUGGAUUACGUGGACGUGUUUUAUUGGAUUCUUCCGGCGUUCCUCUCGUCUCCAUUUUUCGCUCUCGUGAUGGCACCUGGAAAGGCUUCAAGGGAGAUGGCUGUGGCGAAUUGCUUUUCGAGGCAGAACAAACCUUGAAUACAUUCAGUAAAAUAGAGCUUAAUAUAAUCCUCACGGGAGAAAACGGAGCAAAAAUCACUUUUGCAUUGAGAGGCUGCGUUUUCUGGAGAACUUGCACCAUUUAUCAAGACAAAUUCAUAAUAGCUCAGACAAAUCUCAUGUACAAGCUUGGUUUUAGGAAGCAUUUCGUGGGACGGAGUAAAUUCAGAGUAACUGUUUUUCCUGGAUUUAGCGAUUAUAAUUUCAUUGCCUCAUUAAUAUUAGUAUUCUUGGAUGGACGAAAACAAUGAUAUACUUUGCAAUUUGCCAAGGACUAUUCUUUGAUUAUAUAAUUGUUUUUUGCCACCAAUUGUGGCAUGUGAUUAUUGCCUUUCUCUAAUUUUGUUGCCACCAAUUGUGGUAUACAAUGAUACAAAUCAUAUUCUUAUUAACAUGUCUUGAACUCUGUU